AGUGCAUUUUGGUACUGGAAUGAUGACUACUCUAGAAGCUGUCAAGAAGAAGCAAAAUUAUGCUAGUGUACAUGAGGCAGUGAAAGCUGGUGAUGUAGAACAGCUUGCGUCAAUGAUAAAAAGUGGAGCCGGUAUUAAUGAGGUGGAUUUAGUCCACAAAUUGACACCGCUGCACUGUGCUGCACACUCUGGAAGUCUGGAGUGCCUUCACUGGUUGCUCUGUCAUGGAGCUGAUACAACACACGUAACUGUCAGAGGCUGGACAGCAGCUCACCUUGCGGCUAUCCGAGGUCAGGAUGCUUGCAUGCAGGCUUUGUUAAUAAACGGAGCAAACGCAGAAGCUCAGGAUGAUCGUGGGUGCACUCCGUCACACUUAGCUGCAGCCCAUGGGCAGUCUUACACCUUACAAACCGUACUGCGAAGUGGAGCGAAUGUAAAUAUUUCAGACAGGAAUGACUGGAAGCCUGUUCAUUAUGCUGCUUUUCAUGGUCGCUUGGGGUGUUUGCAGCUUCUUGUUAGAUGGGGAGCGUGUAUAGAUGAUGUGGAUAACAAUGGAAACCUUCCAGCUCAUCUGGCAGCAAUGGAAGGACACUUGCAUUGCUUUAAGUUCUUGGUCAGUAAAAUGGCCAGUGUCAUGCACACACUGAAAGCCAGGAAUGACCAAGGAGAGACUCCAAGGGACUUGGCUGAACGGUUCUAUAAAGAUAAUAUUCUGCAAUAUAUUGACAGUAUGGAAAAAGAGGAGGAACAUCCAGAGACACAGGAAGUUUUAGCUUUCCCAGCCCAUGGUGCUGCUUUCAAAGGGGACUUGUUAGUGCUUAGAAGAUUAGUGAGAAGUCGCGUAAUCAAUAUUAAUGAGCGGGAUGAUAAGGGAUCCACUCUCAUGCACAAAGCUGCUGGACAGGGGCAUAUCCAUUGCUUACAGUGGUUGAUUGAAAUGGGAGCUGACUGUGACAUUACAAAUGAUGCUGGAGAGACUCCAAAGGAUGUAGCCAAGAGGUUUGCCCAACUGGCAGCUGUGGAACUUUUGACACAAAGAACUGGAGACAGUAACUCUAGUGAUGAAGAACUAGAUGCAGACAACAUAAAGUUUUUUGAAAGACAUGGUGUGGAAGGGAGUACAGAUAGCAAAGAAGAUUUAACCCUGGAUAAAGCAGAGAAAAGGAACGCACGCAUAAGGGCCUAUCGCAAGAUUCAAGAACUUCAGCAACUUCUAGAAAUUGCCUACAGCAACUACAGACAGCUGGGAGGAAUAACUGAAGAGGAGAAGAAGAUGAAAAAAGAAGAAAGGGAAGUUGAGAAGGCUGUGAGGGAGCUGGAGGCCCAGCUGGAAUACGAGCGAGUCAGGCGGGAGAAGCUGGAGAGCCAGCUGGAUGACUACCGUGCUGAGAUAAGCCACCUUAGAGAGAGCCUGGAGAAAACCCGUGUCCUCCCUGCUCUCCCCCCAGAAGCUGAGACCAUCUCCAAGUCUUGCAAAGAGAAGAAGAAAGUGAAGAAGAAACCAGCCUGCAGCCCUGGAGGAGUGUUUGUGAGACUGCGCUGAGGAAUGAACCUCCGAUGAGGGGCAGGCAGACCGAGCAGGUAGAAUGGCAGUAUUCUAGACAAUGCAAAGUGUUUGCAUAGCCCAGCUCCACAGACAAGUUGUGGUUCUCUGCAUUUCACUGAAGUAUUUUUUUAGCGCUCUAGUUCUCUGGGAUAGAAAGUAUUUUUAAAUCACAGCAGCAGUGUUUUU